AAAAUUUCUUAAAUUUCUAAUUGAUAUAUAUUUUCAGAACACCAGAGCAAUGUCCAAGUGUUGUCUCCUUGCUGUCAGAGAGUUACAACCCGCAUGUGAGAUUUGGGGCUGCCAUGGCUCUUGGUAUAGCAUGUGCUGGUACUGGACUAAAGGAAGCAAUGAACUUGAUAGAGCCUAUGACAAAUGAUCCUGUAAACUAUGUCAGACAAGGGGCCCUGAUUGCCUCGGCCAUGAUUCUUGUGCAACAGAAUGAAGUACUUGCCCUAAGGUUGCCCAUUUUCGUCAGAUGUACAGUAAGAUCAUUAGUGACAAACACGAUGACAUCAUAGCUAAAUUUGGAGCUAUUUUAGCACAGGGCAUCAUUGAUGCAGGUGGUAGAAACAUGACAAUAUCACUACAAUCAAGGACAGGCCAUAGUAACUUGGAAGCUAUUGUUGGUAUCCUAGUGUUCUCACAGUUCUGGUUCUGGUACCCACUAACUCACUUCCUGUCUCUAUCAUUUACUCCAACAUGUACUAUUGGUCUGAACAGCGACCUUAAGAUGCCAAAGGUAGAGAUGAGGUCAAAUGCGAAGCCAUCAACAUUUGCGUACCCACCGAACCUGGAGGAGAAGAAAGAGAAACAGAAAGAUAAAGUAGAAACUGCUAUAUUGAGUAUCACAGCUAAACAAAAGAAAAAAGAAGCGGAAAAGAAAAAAGAUGAAGAAAAAAUGGAAGUGGAUGAAAAAGCUGACGACAGUACAGAGAAGAAAGCAGCAGAGAAGGCAGAUGCAGAGAAAGAAAAAGAAAAGGAAAUAGAGAAGGAAAAAGAAGAAAAGAAAAAGGAACCAGAGCCAAAUUUUGAAAUCCUGAACAACCCAGCCCGUACAAUGAGAGCCCAGUUGAAGGUGUUGACAAUGCCAGAAGGGUCGCGAUAUACACCAAUGAAGGAUAUAUGUAAUGGAGGAAUCAUUCUAAUGAAGGAUGUUAAACCUGGAGAGAAAGAAGAAAUCGUGGAACCUGUAAUUGCGGGUGGUCCAAAGGUUGAGGAAGAGGAGGAGCCAGAGCCCCCAGAGCCAUUUGAAUGGACCGAAGACUAAACAAGCACCGCCCACAAAACAAGCACCGCCCAUAUUUAGAACAAACAGUGUUGAACAGCAUGGGCAAUGCAUAACUUACAAACUUAUCAUGUUUAAUUUAUAGAUUUUUAUUUCGGAACAAUUAUGUUGAGUGCUAAAGUAAUGUGAAGUAGAAAUUAGGACAGCAAGGUUUUGUAACCAGCAAUGAAAGCCAUUUAACAAUGGACAGCAAGGAUUAAAUAAUAUCUAGGUUUGAGCUAUCUGUAUCAAUGUUGUGUAAAAAUGGUUUGAUUUCUUUAAAAAUUUCAAUUUAAUGCCAGAACAAUAUAAUAAAUUAAAAGUAAAAGCUUAUAAAAUUCAUUCUUCUUUUGUAUGUGUAUUACGUCUAUAGUAUUUCUGUUUUGUCUUAAAUAUUAUUUUUCUUGUAACUAAGAAUCUUACAAGUAAUUAAACAUCACAUUUAGAAAUAACAA